CCUCCUCGAAUUAUCUUGAAUACUCCUCCCAAUGGCUGACCGCCGGCCCGUCCGGGCUUCAAGCCGGCGCAAAACACCCACUCCACAACCUGCUUCAAAAGCGAACACCCCAACCACUGCGCGCACUUCAACUCGCAUUCCGAAAAGAGCAACGAGAAGUCAGAGCCAUGAGGUCGAAACCCCCGCCGUUGCUCCAGCACCGUCUACAAAGAAUACUCGCAGAGGCGCCCGUCAAGCCAGCACUGAGAGUAUAGGGAGUACGGACAGUCGUGCUAGUCGGACAACUCGAGGGCAGAAAAAGCAACAGAAGAAUAUUCAGGCUCCCCCCGUUAGAGAUCUCACAACAGUCGAAGAGGACGAAGACGCCGAAGAAGCUGUAGAUGCGAUACCUGAACAAGAGGCACCCGGGACACUACCAUCGCACGAUCAAAUACAUCAGCCACUUCCCCAUCGGUCCCCUGGAGGAUUUUCCAACAUCUCAGCCCAGUGGAAAAAGCCGAAGAGGCCUUCUACGGUUCAUUGGAAGGCAUACGAGUUUCUUGGUGUCCCGAAAAGGGACAAACAGACAAAGUCUAGAAGGAGUGUCACGAACAAGGAGCAAGCUCCUGAGGCAACUAAAGUAAACCAAGAGAUCAUCGAGGACGACUGGCAACCGGCUCCCAUCGACGACGAGGAGUUGGAAGACCCACAAGAAGAAUUAUCUACCGCCCGCUUUCCGCCUUCCACAAAUGAUCGGGUUGCGCGUCUUGCCCAAGAAGAGCAGAUACAGAAGGAAAACCGAAAGCAACGCUUCGUCGACCCCCAGGCCAACACAGAACGUGUAGCAUGGACCCAGGAUACUCAGCUUGCCCCGCGACCAAGUGGGAAGAGCAAAGGCAAGGCUCCUAUCCGUGCCUCCACGACUUCUCCCAGGCGCCCCUCCGCCAGCGCUCCCAAAGCGCAAAAGAGAACCCACGCACAAGCCGUCCAAGAGGAAUCCGACGAAGACGACGACGACUUCCAGCAAGACACGCGCCAAUUCGACGUCUCCAAACGGCGCAAGGUCGGCCCCACAGCGAGCCGCCUCCGCUUCGAAGAACCCAUCAAAGUGCCCCCAGGCCACCAGCCCCAGCGGCGCUUCCCCGAAAACCGCAGCCGCAGCGUCCUACUCCGCCCUUCCUCCCAGGACAGCGACUUCGAAGACGAGGACGAAGACGAGGACGCUGUGCCAACGUCUUCCAACUACCGCCAAGUCCAGCAACAGGCAAAGCGCAUGACGCCGGCCUUCCCCGUCCGCCAAGCGCAGCGCCGCGCGCGCAAUCCGUGGACGGCGUGCGCCGAGGACCAGCUGGUGCGGUAUAUCGAGGAGUACGGGUGUCAGUGGGCGUACAUCAAGAGCUUAGAUGAGGCGGAUACGAAGAUGUUUUUGGAUCGGACGGAUGUGGAUUUGAAGGAUAAGGCGAGGAAUAUGAAGAUUAAUUAUUUAAGGUACGUCGACAUCGCACUUGGAGUUGAGCAAGGAGGGCGCUAACUGGG